GCGGAGGAUUUCAUUGUGCCAGAAUGGUUUGGCCCUCACUCUUUUCCAUCCUGACCUAGGGCACGCACGAGAGAGACGACUCCCUUCGCUCCCACUCUCGCUCGUCUCUUCUGCCUCUCGGCUCUUUCUCGGACGGCGGCCCGCCGGCGAGGCAUCCGAGGCUUCGGAUUGACCGCUCCGCUGAUCGGCCGCUGAUUGAGGAACCUUUCGUUGCAUUCAUCUCAUCAGUUUGCUCAAGCUCUUGCAAAUAUAUAUGGGCUGAAUCUGGCAUUUCAUGGGAGGUGUUGAAGAUGAUGAACCGCCGUCAAAACGUGUAAAGGCAUCCACAGAAGAUUUGGGGAGACCCUUUGAUAAUUCAUCUCGCUCGGUGCCCUUCAGUCCUUUGGGAGGCUCGAUGGCCAGGCCUUUACCAUCCCAAGGGAAAGAUGAUAUGAUUGGUUCUAAAGGGGUAAUUAAAAAGGUGGAAUUUGUAAGGAUCAUUACGAAGGCUCUUUAUUCUCUCGGUUACGAGAGAAGUGGAGCAGCCCUAGAGGAGGAGUCAGGGAUAUGCUUGCAUUCCUCGGCGGUUAAUCUUUUCAGGAAGCAAGUUCUUGAUGGAAAUUGGGAUGAAAGUGUGCUUACAUUGCAUAAAAUAGGACUUAGUGAUGAAAGUAUCCUAAAAUCUGCAUCUUUUUUGAUAUGGGAGCGUAAAUUCUUUGAACUUUUGCAAAAAGAUAGAAUCAUGGAUGCAUUAAAGACAUUGAGAAGUGAGAUCGCUCCUCUUGGCAUUGAUAAAAAGCGAGUGCAUGAGCUUUCAUGUUGUAUUGUCUCUCCUCAACAGCGUGUGCUACUUGGGUUUGCCAAUCUGGGACUUGAGACUUCAAACUCACGACUGAAGCUUCUGGAGGACUUGCAAAAAUUGUUUCCUCCCACUGUUAUGAUACCUGAAAGGCGGUUAGAGCAUUUGGUUGAACAGGCUCUUAGUGUGCAACGGCAAGGUUGUUAUUUGCACAACUCCUUGGAUAAUUCACUGUCAUUGUACACUGACCAUCACUGUGGGAAAGACCAGAUUCCUUCUCGUACAGUACAGGUAUUGCAAGCACACCAUGAUGAAGUAUGGUUUUUGCAGUUCUCAAAUAAUGGGAAAUAUUUAGCAUCAUCAUCGAAUGACAGAUCUGCCAUUAUAUGGGAGGUUCAUGAAGAUGGGGAAUUGUCAUUGAAGCACAUGCUAACUGGUCAUCAGAAACCUGUCCUGAUGCUUGCAUGGAGCCCUGAUGACCGCCAGCUGCUCACAUGCGGAAUGGAAGGAGCUGUGAGGCGCUGGGAUGUUCAUACUGGAGAUUGUCUCCAUGUCUAUGAAAAAGGUGGUCUUGGCCUGAUUUCUUGUGGUUGGUUCCCGGAUGGAAGACAAAUUUUUUCUGGUGUGACAGAUAAGAGCACUUGCUUGUGGGAUUUGGAUGGGAAAGAACUGGAAUCUUGGAAAGAGCAGCGAACAACUAGGACCUCUGAUGUGGCAAUCACAAAAGAUGGCAGGUGGAUAAUAAGCAUAUGCAGGGAAACUGCAAUUAUGUUGGUUGAUAGGGAAGCGAAGCUGGAGAAGCUGAUUCAAGAGGACCAGACGAUUACUUCAUUUUCGCUAUCCAGUGAUGACAAAUUUUUGCUUGUAAAUCUAGUGAACCAGGAGAUUCACUUGUGGAGCAUAAAGGAUGAUCCAGGACUUGUCACCAGAUACAGAGGUCACAAACGCAGCCGGUUUCUAAUAAGGUCUUGUUUUGGGGGAUAUGAACAGACUUUCAUUGCUAGCGGUAGUGAAGAUUCACAGGUGUAUAUAUGGCAUCGGGAAACUGGAGAACUCAUCAAGGCACUACCAGGACACUCUGGGGCUGUCAACUGUGUCAGCUGGAACCCAGCAAACCCUCACAUGCUUGCGUCAGCCAGUGAUGACCAUACAAUCCGCAUCUGGGGACUAAACAGGGCUAACCUGAAACGCAAAGAAGCUUACAGCAAUGGAGUCACCCACCAGUGUAAUGGAAAAGGUCAAUGAUAGGAGAACAUUGAAAUGGUCAAGUUCUUAGUUUCCGUAAUUAGUCCAUCAUUGACUGUGUAAAUCCAUCUCGUGUUCUCCUUUUCAUGGGCACUCAUAAGAAAGAAGCCUGUAAACGUAAACAAUUGCUACCAGCCCAUAAGCAAUCUAAUAUGAUUAUUUGGUUCGUCCAUUCAUUUCU